AUGGACCGUGGUGAGAGCACAGAGAGGGGCCCGCCUCCUCUAAAGCCCCCUCCUAGAGUUCUUAAGGUCAACCGCGCAAGCCCUGCAGCGAAAUUUAACUCCAAGUUGAUGAGAACUCUCGAGAGCUCUCUGAGGGAGAACCCAGAAACAGAUCUCUUGAGCAUUUUCCCGUCAUCCUAUGUUAAGGAUCUAGUUCAAUUGUCUACUACCAACCCCCGCGUAGCGAAGCAUGUAAAGCGGCCAGCCCCCACUCCCAGAGACACACGCUCUCUAUUGAAACCCACAGACGAACCUAUUGUCAUAUCGCCGUUGUCGGAUGAAGUCCAAGCCCUCCUAAACCAGAUAUUGGCUGAAGAAGUGAGCGGCGAUGAAGAUCAGGAAGAGAACGACGAGGAAGCCGAUGCGCAAGACGAAGAUGUCAAGGAGAGGAGCGAGAACGGAGGAUUUACAGAAGCAAUCCUAGAGCCUCUAGAUCGUAGCGAAGUCAUUUUUCAAUAUGCCUUUGGGUUUUCUAACAUGGUUCUCCGAAUUAGCGACAAUAUCGUCGCCAAAGUAAUUCGAGAGGUCGACAACAUAACUGAGCAUUCAUCUCUUGAAUACUUGAGAGACAAUGCGCCUGAUAUACCAGUUCCGCGACCCCUUGGUAUGAUCCAGAUGGGACACUAUCUGUUGCUAUUUAGCAGCUAUGUGCCUGGCGAAGACCUCGACAAGGUUUGGCCCAGGCUUGACGAAUCACAGAAGCAAAGCAUUAGUAUGCAGAUCGACGAUAUUUCCACAAAGCUUCGAGCCAUCCCAUACCCACUGGGCAAAGCUCUCGGUGGCGUCAAUAGCGAGUGUUGCAAGGAUGCGAGGCGGAGUAUUCGUCGCAAUGCACAGCCUGUUCUAAGCCUGAAGGACUUUGAAGACCAUGGAGUGAAAUGUGUUUUCACGCACGGCGACCUCCGAACGGCGAAUAUCAGGGUUAUGAAAGCAGACGACGGAUGGAGGAUCACGUGCAUCAUUGACUGGGACUUCAGCGGGUUCUACCCCGGGUAUUGGGAGUCAUUCAAGAUUACAAACACAAUGAUGGCGUUUGAAGAUUCCGACUGGUAUCAACAUCUCCCAAGGUCAUUGUCGCCGCUAAACUUUGCGAACCGAUGGCUGCUCGACCGGAUCUGGGAUCGGCUUGUUGCGUAGGCAUGGC